AACUUCCCCAAAACACAUAGGACGUGCGUUCCGGAACAAAAAUAAACUCAAGGGCCGUGGUCAGAGUUUAGUAGUGAUAAAGUCAUAAUCUUUGCUACUACUGGAUAGAUUGAUUCAUUGUCCUAACUCCCCGUUUCCGCAGCAGUUGCUUUCGUCUAUCUCUGCAAGUAUGGAUGCCAACAGAGGCCAGAAUGGAAUUCAACUGUUAUUAGCGGCAGAACAGGAAGCUCAACACAUUGUCAAUGCUGCUAGAGCUGCAAAACAGGCUAGACUAAAACAGGCCAAGGAAGAAGCUGAGAAGGAAAUUGCGGAAUUCCGUGCACAAAUGGAAGCUGAGUUUCAGAGAAAGGUUGCACAGACUAGUGGAGACUCAGGUGCUAAUGUGAAACGACUUGAACAAGAAACGGAGGCAAAGAUCCAUCACCUAAAGAAUGAAUCUUCCAGAAUUUCCCAUGAUGUUGUUCAGCUGCUUCUGAGGCACGUGACUUCUGUAAAGAUUUAAGUUCUUGGUAGCUCAUGGGUUUUACUGAAGGCUUUUUCGUCAUUUUUUAUGGAUGUUGUGCUUAGUCAAUCAAACGCUUGGUGUCUACUUGUACGUUAGUAAUUUAUUACCUGUAUUUGUUGAUUGUGGCCUCUUACCAAAUAAAAAUGUGAUGUUCCUAUGGCUAUUUGUAUCAGUAUUUGUUACUUUUGAGGAUAUACAUCAAACAAUUGAGUCCAAUCAGUUAUUGAUUUCCUCCAGAUCAACUAUGCAAUCUCUUAUUG